UUGGAAUUGCUACUUUAAGCCCUGCCCUGCAACUUGCUGCCGCGUUUUCAGAGCCGACAAGCAAGUGCAGAGGGAGAGAGGCGGUGCAGGUGCAGCUUCUGUAACAAAGAUCACGGCGCUCUUCAGCCCGCCGGGCCGGCUCUGCACUCACUAGUGCCGGGGCUUUAGGCGGAGAGUGGAGCUGGUAUUCGGACGGAUUCACACCCCCACCCUCUCCCCGUCCCCUGCACUGGACACGGCAGCGUUGCAGGUUGCCACGGCGCUGCAGGUGUACAGCCUUGCCUGUGCUUGACGGCCGCACCGACAGACUGGGACACAGGCAGCGGGGCCGGAGCCCCCCACACACGACCACCAUGGGCGGCCGACCCUGGCGCCGCGCACUCAGUCUAGUCCUGGCCACAGGUUUUGCCUGGUCAGCCGCUGCCGUGAACUCUACCAGUACAGUGCGUGAAGAUAAGGAUUUAUGUAACCAGGUGCGGCAGAUAAAUUGUACAGAUACCCCUACAACAGCUCCUCAGUUGACGCACUUCAGCGAGUGUCCUCCAAGCUUUGAGGGCUAUUGCAUCCAUGGCCAGUGCCGCUUCUUGACGUCUGAACAGCAGCCAUCCUGUAUAUGUAAAUUGAGCUACACUGGAUCUCGGUGUGAAAUGGUGGACAUGCUGUAUAUCACCGGAGAGAGGGACAAAUACAUCAUCAUGGGGCUGGUAUUGGCCAUGGUGGUGCUCAUAGUACUCAUAUUUAUCAUCUGCCUCUGUGUACAUCGUUACCGCAGGAAGUGCAAAGGGACGAGGAAGUGGCGACCGGGUGUCAAGGCAGUGAACACGCAGACGGUGGAGGAGGGGAACGCACUGGGCCACGAUGAAGAUACAGCAAUGACUACCUUGGCCUAAGAUGGUACGCUGGGGUUGCCGCCAACCGUAUGCUCGCCAUGGGAUGUAAUGUACCCCAGGAUCUGUGCCAAACUCUGACCUUUCUCGUCACCCCACCAAGGUGUAUGGCCAGAGGUGAAGAUUAAAUUUGGUGAUGAAGGGGAAUAUGUGUCACAGCCGAAUGGAGAGGGGGACUGAGCAACACUGUCGGUUUUCCACGUUUGUCUCCGCACUGUGUUUGUAGAAGUCGCCGCGAGAUCCAGAAAGAGGUUUGGCACUGAGAAUGAGCGAAGGGAGCGAGCGAUUUGCUUGCGACAUUGGACCCACUCUGGGUCAGGACCGUGAAGUCUUGCCCAGCGAACCCACCGUCUUUAGGGGAAAGCUGCAUACAACAAAGAGAGAAGAUAGACAGAUAAAAACUCAGCGGGACAGGCAGCAUCCCCGGAGAGAAGGGAUGGGUCUCGACCUGAUACGUCACCCAUUCCUUCUCUCCGGAGAUGCUGCCUGUCCCGCUGAGUUACUCCAGCUUUUUGUGCCUAUCUUCGGUUUAAACCAGCAUCUGCAGUUCCUUCUUACAACAAAGACAGGGUCACUUAAAGGUACGGAGAGUCACGAGGAGAUUAUCUCGGCUAAAUGUAGUUGAGAAUGAAGCUGGUUCAUCGACGGCUGCUUGAUGUUCUUGCGACAAAGAGUUUUGGGCCCAGUCUCAGCACCGCUGCUUGGAGCAAGUUGUGACUCUUACACUGCGUAUAGAACGGAACAAAUGCUGGAUGUGGUUGUGGAGAGAAAAU